GGGUGUGUAGCUUUCUCUUUGACAAUGUAGCAUGUUUGCUCAAUUCCCUUCUCCUCUUGGACACCAGACCAAGACAUACAAUAAACUCAUUUAUUGAACGCUGACCGUGGGAUAAGCUUAUGCUAAGCAUCUUAUGUGAGUGAUCUCAUUUAACUCUUAACAACCCUAGUGCACUGGUACCGUUUUUGUGCCCACAUUACAGAUUACGCUGAGAGGUUAAGAAAGGUGUUCACAGUCACAGAUGCACAGCAAGUGGGAGCGAAGCGAGCGUGGGAAACUGGCUCCAAAGCCAGCUGUCUGGCUGUGCGCCGAUCAGCGCCUCCUCACAGGUGGGGUGCAUCAGCCCAUUGCCUCAGAAUUUGAUAACUGUGAGCGCGCAAUUGGUGAUGAAACUGGGCCGAGGACCACCACUUGGGCGCUAAACGAAUGCCUUCCCCCAGGAGGAAUUGGGGAGAAGGAGGGAACCCCUGGGAGAAGGAAAGUGGUUACUGAGCGAAGCUGUCACAAGCAAGAGCAGCAGACCAGGACUUUGCGCAGCUGAAGAGCUCCCUAAAGCCGCCCACCCCGUUACCCAGCCUCCUCGGCCCGCCCACUGCCAACCUGGUCUUGGAGAGUUGAAGCUAUACUGACAAACGGGGCGGGGCAGGGGUGAGGGCUAGCAGUUGCUGUUAAGAGUUUAGGCCAACCAGCCAUUGGCCCCACUUCUCUUGACCAAUAGAAAGUGGGCUAUGGCGCAGAGGCGGAAAAUAAAGCUUCAUGAGCAGGCGUCAGAACCAAUAAGCAAUGGGCCUCGUUCUCGUCCGUCAACCGGCGAAGAGAGCGGGUCUGGGGGCGGGAGGCCGGAGCAGCUGUCAAGCUAAAGUCCGGAGAGCUACGCGCGGCUGGACAGAAGAAAGCGCGGCGCCGGACCGGGCUCUGGAAAUGGUCCCUGGCGCCGCGGGCUGGUGGUUUCUGGUGCUCUGGCUGCCCGCGUGCGUCGCGGCCCACGGCUUACGCAUCCAUGAUUAUUUGUACUUCCAAGUGUUGAGUCCUGGGGACAUUCGAUACAUCUUCACAGCCACACCUGCCAAGGACUUUGGUGGUAUCUUUCACACGAGGUAUGAACAGAUUCACCUUGUCCCUGCUGAACCUCCAGAGGCCUGUGGGGAACUCAGCAACGGUUUCUUCAUUCAGGACCAAAUCGCUCUGGUGGAGAGGGGCUACAUGAUCCGUCGCUCUCUGGAACAGCAUGGGCUGCCAUGGGCCAUCAUUUCCAUCCCAGUCAAUGUCACCAGCAUCCCCACCUUUGAGCUGCUACAACCACCCUGGACCUUCUGGUAGAACUGGUUCCACAUUCCAGCCUUAAGUGACUCUGGACUGGGAAGGAGAAACCCAGAAAUUCUGCUAUUUGGAAUCUGGGGAGAGCAUCUGGAAACAAGUGGAACCAAGCAGAGGGAAGAAAGCCGAAGCACUGGCUCUCCCUUCACCAAGGCUCCCAAGGAUAUUUUGUGCUACAGGAAGCUGCAAGAAUCAGACUCCAGGGCUUCUGGCAGGAAUCUAGAACAAAAGGAGCUAGAGGCAGGCCACCUGAGAACGCACCUGUGACCUGUGACAUUCCACCUGGUUCAACCUACCCAAUCCACGGUCUCCCCACAAUGACCUUCACAGGAAUUGCUGGAGAAGUUUAAGUAAUUGGUGUCUGGGGACUCAAUAAACCCUCACUAACUUUAUAGCAAUAAAGCUUCUCAUCAGG